AUGCGAAUCGUCGUAUCUGAACUGUCGAUCAUCGGAUUUCUCUGCUUGAUUUCCGGUUAUCAUUCCCUCCAUACCCAUCAGCUUCAAUCUCGAUCAUUGCGUCCUGAAGCUACCGAAACUCUCUCGAUUGCCAGUCAAGCACGCGAUGCCGCUAACCAAGGAGGGCUUCAACAUAUGGAAGGCGUCAAUUCCGUCCACGAGAACAUUGGAACGCAUUCGUCUUCGCCAAUGCGGCAUGAACAGAGCUUACAGGACCUCUCCAAUUAUGAACAUGUGAAGCCAGUACCUACCGCAUCCGAAGGUAACCAGCAGGACAAAUUCGUCGGAGUCAAGUCAACGGCAAUCGGCUUGGAAAAACCCUUCUCGCGCGUCACAAAUAUUCUUGGAAGUGCCAAGUCGAUUUUCAGGAUAUUGACGAGGAAACCUAAUCCCAACAACGAUGUCCAUAUUAUCAAAUUCGAGGAUGCACGAGACUCGCUCGCAAAAUUCCUUGUUUCACCCGGGCUUGAUCUGGGCCCUCACAAGCCAUUCAAUUUAGAGAACCUGGCUAAGAGUCUUGAAAAGAACUUCCCAAUACUUCCUGGAAUUUCGGAGGAAGCCUCGACAAGAUCCCUUUUUGCAGACUACCUUCACAACCUGCGAAAGUACCAGCUCAUUGUCAAUGAAAAUGGAGGCGUCAGGAAGACUUGGAUCACCAAAAUUCCCUCUGAAGAAGAUACGGAGACCGAAACAAUUAUGGAAGAAGUAUCCAAAUUCCUCACCGUGCACCCACAUUUUGUGGACGAGUUCCAGGAGGAACACGAACAAGCUGUCGGUGGAAUUGCACCCGUUCAUCAAUGGAAACUGUCCGAGGAAAAAAUUAGAUAUUUUUUUCAACCUGCGUCAGUGAAGGAAGAGGCCCAAAAUGCUAUCAACAUGUAUAAUUUUGUUAAGGCUCGGGCGGUUCAGUUGAAGAAAAGGAUUCCACCUGAGCUGGAAGUGUUAGACAUGGAACACGUCUUUCAACAUUUGCCUCCGGAUCUAGACUUGAAGGCAGAGUUGUUCCGCUAUUUGAUGAUAGAAUGUUUUGAAACUCUUUUGAAACUCAUCCGCUCAGACGUGACCCGGAACCUUGAAGAGCGAGCCCGAUCCGAAAUCGCCCAUGUUCUCGCGCAGUCUUCGAUUGCAGAAACCGGUAGUGAAUCCAUCUUCAAGAUCGCUGCCAAAGAAGAUGAGGCAUGGCACGAGAACGCUUUUGAAAAAUUCUAUGCCAUUUCCAUGAGCCCGUCUGAGGUUUUUCAAAAGCUAACGAGACCUCCCUGCACGCAGGAAAUAAACACCAAUGUAAUCAACAAAUACAUGAACUCGCUCGGGUUUCUUUCAGAUAUUGCGAUGAACGAGCUUCGAUAUUCCGAGAGUUCUAAAUCGUUCAGCAAGCACCUGACCAAAGCAGAGAGAUUCUUGCAAAACCGUAAUGCUGGCGACAAGACAAAAAAUCUAAAAACAAUAGAAAACAUCAGGAGUGAAGCUGCCCGAUCGUACUCGGUAAACCUUCCAUUAGUUGACAAGCUCUUCGAUAAAGGGAUCAUCGAUAGCUCAUACCGAAAAGUAUUAAUCACAAAGGCCCAGGUAUCCCGAAAACAGUUUGCGGCAGCUUUGGGGACAGAUGAAGAUUUCACGAAAAGAGUGACGGAAACGUUCGAAGCCAAUCUAGUCAAUCACCUUCAAUCAAUGGACCAAGUUGAGCGGAGGCGUGUAUUGAUCAGGGCAGCCGAUGCAGUCGCUCGGUCACGCCUAAAUCAACUCGAUCAGGAUGCUAAAGCGACUUAUCUUACAACAGAUGCCUUUGAAAAACCAAAUUCACUUCGAUUCAACGAGGCUCUCAAGGCCUAUCAUCCGGAAUUCAACAGAUUCAUGCAACAACCCACCGAUUCCAAAGCUCUUGCAAGGGCUUACAUGGAUACCGCAUUUUAUACCAGCCCUUUCAAUCCGCAAUCCGAGAAAUACUUGGGUUUCAAUGUUGUCAAAAAAGAGUUGAUAUUCAAAUUGGAUCGGAAACUGUAUGAGAUAGAGAACGUGUUCUAUGAACACAUGCCCAAAAUGGGGGAUUUUUUUGAACACAUCUUGAAAAAUGAUGUCAACUCCGGGGCCUCCUAUCUCACCUCCGUAAACCUUUCAUCUAAAAAAGCCCAAGUUCCCUUCGGCAAGAUUCAUUCCUGGUAUCUGGUAUCCAGAGUUCUUACAGAACAGCAAUCUGCUAAAGCAGCUAAAUAGAUACCAGACUUAAAAUCCUGUUAAUUCCAGCCCAGAUGGUUUUGAAAAGGUCUUAUACGGGUCACAGUCCCCUUGAUUUGAUUUG